ACACAGUACAUUUUUGAUUUUAUUCAUCUUCUCUCAUCUAUAUUCAGAAAGUCUUGUGAUUUUAAUUUUACUGUUGUUAUUACCAUGUUAUCAUACACUCACAUCAUUUGGCCACAUUGUUAAAUAGAUUGUUCUAUGCUGACCAGACAGAAUAUGCCACGGGAUAUACUCAGCGAUAGUUUGGCUGUAUUGAGGAUUGUUGAGCAUGAAGAUGAAGAAAAUUGGCCAUUAGAGGAUAACUCAUCAUGUAAGCAAAAUGUAAAAAAAAUGACUAAUGCUCCGAUGAACAACCAACAAAACUAUCCCAAAGAUGAUUGUGCUUGCUACUAUAACUAUGGUCUCGGAGAGAGUGGGAGUAAUCGGCAAAAUGAUCCUUUAUACCAAUACAAAACAAGUAGUUUGCCUGCAGCAUCUUCCAUAAACCAAUCAUGGGAUGAAAUUGUAUGUUCAGCCUUAAGACUGACACCGGAAGACAUUGCUAACCAGCUAACAUUGUUGGACUUGGCAUCAUUCAAAGCAAUCAGACCAGAGGAAUUGACUACAUGCGGCUGGAAUAAGCUCAACAAAUUGACAGUUGCACCUAAUGUUGUCGCGUUUACGAAGAGAUUUAAUAGGGUUAGUUUCUGGACCGUACAAGAAAUAUUAAAUAGCCAAUCGCCAAAAGGGAGAGCUGAAACGUUAGCACAUUUUAUAAAAGCAGCAAAGAAGUUACAUGAUCUCAAUAAUUUGCAUUCACUUUUUGCUAUUAUUUCCGCACUACAAUGUGCUAGCAUAUAUAGGUUGACGAAAACAUGGGCAUGCUUAUCGAAAAAGGAUAAGCAGCAGUUUGAUAAACUGGCAGAGUUGUUUGGAGAGAAGGAUAACUGGACUGCACUGAGAGAAUAUUUGAAAAGUAUAGCAUUGCCAUGUAUACCUUAUCUCGGUAUAUUCCUAACGGACUUGGUGUAUAUCGAUAUUGCGCACCCGGCCGGGUCGCCGCACCGCAUCGCCAAGAUGGCGGUAGUUUUAAAGGCGCUGGAACGCUACCAGACCUCAGAAUACGAAAUACUGCCUCUCCCACAUGUAGCCACUUACCUAAACAGUGUCCGGUAUAUAGAAGAACUACAGAAGUUCCUUGAAGAUGAUCAAUACAAGUUAUCGCUCAAGUUGGAGCCGCCCUCGCCGAUCGGCAGCUGCGCUGGUUCGAAAGAAUCUGUCAAAGAGACGGUGCCUCAGGGUCUAACAACACCUUAUACUUUGUCGCCCUCGCACCGACUCGGCUCCGGCUCCCUAAGACUGCAAGGCACAUACAACCAAUCUAAGUUUAUCCCAACACACAGAAAGUGUCGCUCUCUAGGUUCCAAUAUCUUCGGCAAGAGUCAUACGGAGGAAAAAGUUGACGAGAAGACGCCAGCCGGUUCAGUCAAUUUGCUGGACGACACGUUAUUGGAGUCGCCGGGCUCCGUGGCGGGAGACAAAAUGUCGCAGUCCCUGCCUCAUAGCAAUUUAUCGAAAUCUGAGCCAUUGGAAUGCGACUUCCAAGGCUUCGUCCGAAGGAAAACUAUAACAAAAGAUGGCAGAAAAAUAUCACUAUCAUCCUGGCAGAGAUAUUGGCUGCAGAUAUCUGGAAACAUACUUGUUUUUUAUGCGUCGAAAUCCUUCAAAGGGACAAACCGCAGUGAUUUUCGCAUCGAGCGUUGCAAAGUUCUGUCGUUGGACGGCUGGAUAGCUUCGUGGUGCGACGUAGACGCGGCGGACGCUUUCCAACUGGUCAACCACCACUCCGGAACUCUAUACAAGUUCAAAACUGGCUCCGAAUCAACCGCCAAACAAUGGGUGACGAAGAUCGAAGAAGUCACGAACAAAAUAGUGAAACCCUUGCCCGCCAACCUCAUGUCUUUCGAGUAGCCGAAAACCUCUACAGCAGUACGUAUGUACUUAAAUUAUAUGUACUUUGAUCCAACCAUAGAAACAUAGCGUACCUAUAUCUGAACAACUGAUAACAAACAUUUGUAGUAUUGUAUUAGGCACACACGCUUCUCUAAUCAUGAACAACAAAUAUUUAUUGUUUACAUUAAGGGUUGUUACCACCGGUAAAUUGGUGUUUACUUUAUAGUCAUUUCACAGUUAUUAUUUUACUGUUAUUACAUCAUAACAAACAUUUGUGCACAACUAACGACGAUUAUCUAUACAUAUAAAAAAUUAUAGCAUUGAACGUUUAAUUCACACAUAAAUGUACUCUCACGAUUUAAAAUUUAUUCGCCUCGAUAUUAUUUAUAAUUUUCUCAACUGCACUAUUCUUUUAAAUUUGAUUACAAAUUAAGAAAUAAAUAAAAUACAAAAUAUUCAACUCGUCAAAAUAGUAAUACUAGGUAACUAUUUUUUUAUAAUAUUCAUAUAAAAUAAGAGGUAAGUAUUAGAAUAUUGUUUUUUUUUAUUAUCAGUUCUCAAUUUGCAAUGUAGGUACACAGAUUGAAAUCUAUUUUUUUAAAAGGAGUUUAGUUUUUAAACAUGUAAUCUAAUGAAAGUAUAACUUUAGGGCAACUUAAGGAUCUUUUUACCCCUAAGUCUUUUAUUACACAUAUAAAGUCGUAAAGAUAUUUUAAUAUCUUUGGGCAAUCCCGGUUGAUCUUGAAGCAAGUUUUUUACAUGUUAUAGUUUUGGGUUGAGCCCAUAUUCUGUACUUAUAUCUCAUUUACUCUUGACAGUUAACAGUGUUGCCAUGUGCCAUUAAAUUGAAUCUAUAUGUACACUUAUUGUUAUGUAACUAGCCCCUAAGUAAUAAAACGAAGUAAGGGAAACGUUUUAUACCUAUUAUAAAUACUCCAUGUUAUUUUUUCCUAGUAUUAAAUCCAUGACAUUUAUCAUUAUCUAUUUUGCAACUUAAUUUUAAUUGUUAACCAAAUUAACGCAAAACUGAUACGAAAAAGUAUUGUGAUUACAUGUGUCUGUAGAUGACUAGGAUAGUAUUUGACAAUGUUAUCAAUAUAAUAUUCUAAAAAGUGACCAUAGACUAGAACCGUGACAAGGUAUUCAUUGGUAUGCGUUUGUUGAUUAUAGUAAAAAUAAGAAGGCAUUAUUAAUAGCUGAGUAAAUAAUAGCCAAUAGUGCAAGAUCUUUGUCUAUGGAAGUCGAUAUAGCUGUUGUACACAGUUCAAUCUCACAUCACAAGUACUUCACACGGUUUUUUGAGUAGGUAGUAACACUACUACUACACACCCACAAUAAUGUAAUUUAGAAAAUUAAAUAUUAAGUAUACUUUCAAUCUACUGCUUUGUCAUGUUCCGUGUUAAAUUGACCCGUAUAAAGAUCACAUUAGGGUUUAAAUAUGCGUCUAAAAAGUAUAUAUUGAAUGAAAUAAGUCUUUAAUUAGAUCUUAUCACUAGCCUCAUUUAGUUUUUAGUUCAACUGCGAUAGUGUUUGUUUAAGUAUAUAAUACAUCACAUAAUGUGAUAUAAUUUCUACAAUAAUGUUACUGUAAUAAGCAAGCGUAUCAUCUGAGCUCUUUGAACCCAUUGGGGAUAUGACGACGUAGUUUGUAUGACAUUUGUAUCGAAUGAGUUUGCAUUAUUCCAUUUGUUGCUUUGCGCUCAUGGUGCUUUCACAACUAUUGCACCUGAGACUCGCUUGCUCAACAAUUGUAGCUUGUGUGAGUAGUCUGGGACUUCGUUUUGUGUUGCGAGCGUACAAAGUGAUCGAGGGAAAGCCUAUUUUAAAACAAACGCUUGCGGCUAUUACUAUCCAGUAUUAUCCAGUGCCCACGGCUCCUUCGGUAAAUAAUUGACCAGCGAUCAGCCCGUUUGUAUUUCUUUUCAGCCGGGCAUUGCUAGUACGCGAGUCGUAUUGUUUUCGUAUUGAAUCUCGAAACCCUAAAAUGUUAUUGUGUAAAAGUCCGUCCGGGCAAUCAUAUCUACGUACCGCGUUACAAUUCGUCGUUGUCAAUAAAAACGAAUACAA